GGUCUUGGCGGGAAAACUCGCGAGGUCACUCACGCAGCUGUCACUUAGCAACGCGGGCAGUGAAGUAACAAAAAGUUAAAUAGCAGCGAGGUGCGUGCGUCUUUUCUUGAGGCAUUUUAACCAUCGGCCGCUCUAGCAUAACAUUUACGCGUAGAUAAACAAAACCGAUCAACGCGAGUGGAGGGGCGGGGGUAAGUCAACUUUCUUGAAACUUUCAGCAGAAGCCUUUUGGGCCGAAGAACUAGGCCGCCGCUGGGACGGGGGGGGUGGGUGCAGCGCCGUGGCCGUGAUUCGUGCUGGGUUGUAAGCACGACUCCUCCAAGCGAUGUUCUCAGAGCAGGCGAGCUCGCUGGGCGAGAGCAGCUGUCUUCUUUCGCGGCCAGAACCCGUGGGCCCUGCUGGGGAUGACGGUGAGGAGCGGCUGCAAAGGCGGACGGGAGAGGAGUCGGGCCAGGAGACAUCGCAGGCCCUCCCGCCGUCCGACCGCUUCCUCCUGGUCGAUCGCUCCUUCGGCCGCCAGUUCGCCCACCUCUACGCCAGCCGCCUGGUGUUCAUGCGGAGCAUGCUGGAGGCCAGGGCUCGGAGGCAUUGGGGCAAGGACGUUGUCAUUAAGAAGCUCUUUGAGCUUGUGGUUGGUGUCCCUUGCUAUGUGGUGGGUACCCUUUACAAGCAUAUGGAGCUGCGGCCAUCUAUCCUCAAGGAGAUCAGUGAAGAGCAUAACCUGCUGCCCGUGCCUCCUCGCGAGCGUUACGUGGGAUCCUUGGAUGAGCUGAUUCUGGAGGAUGAGCUCCAGCGAGUGGGUCUUGUUGGGAAUAUCCAGCCCGACCUCUUCGUCACCGGUGUUAUUGUGGCAGUGAAAGGAGUUGAAAAAGAGGAUGGAAAGUUCCACGUGGAAGAUUACUGCAUGGCUGACUUGCCGCCACAGACAUCAGCGACCUUGCCAACUCAAGACACGUAUGUGUUGCUCACAUCGGGCAUCGGACUGGGCAGCCGUAACACAGACGCGACACUGGGCCUGCAACUGCUCGUGGACGUGGCGACUGGGCAGCUGGGGGGACUCGGGGAACAACGGGCGUCCGCUGGGAUCGCCCGAGUGAUUCUCGCCGGGAAUCUGUUGAGCCAGGACACGCAGAGCAAGGAUUCGCUGAGCAAGGCAAAGUACCUGACCAAAAAGACAAAGGCGGCGAGCGUGGAGGCCAUGAAGGCACUCGAUGAAUUGUUGGUACAGCUCUGCGCGUCCGUGGAUGUGGACGUGAUGCCCGGCGAGUUUGACCCCGCCAACUACAUGAUGCCGCAGCAGCCGCUGCACCGCUGCAUGUUCCCGCGCGCCGCCUCCUACGUGACUUUGCGCCUGGAGACGAACCCAUACGAAGCAAACAUCGCCGGGGUCCGAUUGCUGGGCACGUCUGGCCAGAAUGUGUUGGACAUUUACAAGUACUCGGGCAUGGAGGACCACCUGCAGAUCCUCGAGUGGACCCUGCGAGCCAGCCACAUGGCACCCACAGCGCCAGACACGCUAGGUUGUUAUCCGUUCAAACACAAAGACCCAUUCAUUCUCAACUGCUGUCCAGAUGUUUAUUUCAGCGGCAAUGCUCCCAAGUUCCAAACAAAAACCAUCACAGGACCCCUGGGCCAGAGGGUGCUGCUGGUGUGCGUGCCGGUGUUUUCGACCACCCAGACUGCCUGCCUGCUCAAUCUGCGCACCCUCCAGUGCCAGCCGAUCAGCUUCUCCGCCUUCACGGAGCCGCCCGACGACGACGACGAUGGAGAGAUGGACGUUGGCAAUUGAUAGGGAGCCCCACUGUAAAAGGCAGAAGGAAUGAAUUGCCACCUGAAAAGCACUCCAAACAAUAGUCGCGUAAGAAUUCACCAGCAACCUCCUCCUCCAGUCUCGUUUCGAUUCAAGAAUCAAGAAUGUGUUUCUGUCUUGUUUGUGGUUCAAUUGUUUCUAGAGUGUUUUUUUGUUGCAUUGUUGUUUUUUUGUCCUGUACGGCCUUGUUAGUUCAGCUGUGUUGCAUAAUCCCUUCCUGUCCAUAAACCUACAUGUAGCAAAAUACAGUUUGCAAUGCUUUGCAUCUCCCACAAUACAUUGUUACACGCACAUUUCGACGAGUGUAAGAAUUAAUUGUAAGUGAUGAAUCGUUCGUGGCAAUUUAAACACUAAUUUUUUUUUUAACCUUCACCGAACAUCAGAAGCUCAAGGUGGAUCCAUUUAAAUUCACAAUGCAUAUCGGUGGCGUGUGGCAAUGCCCGGACAUUAGGAUAACUGCUUGGCUUAAGGUUAAUGAGUAUAAAGACCCAGUAUUCUUGUCCAGUAUUCAAGAUUCACCUUUUCAGUCUUAGAGCUAGCGGCGUAUGCCGUAAUUGAGAUUACAACGCACAUUUUGUCUUUGCUUCGGGAAUUAUAUCACAUUUUGCCAAGUAGACAGUUCCUUAUGCUGUGCAUGUGCCUAUUAACUUACAGUUUUCCAGGGUGAAUUGUCGACCACAGUGAAGUGUGGUAACUCAAUAUCACGUUGCUUCCUUGUUUCAUGGACGGAAUAAGAUAGGGCCGAGCGGUACCGAUAUCAAGUGCCUGGAGUGAUAAAUGUGCCCUGUUCCUUCGUGUCAGUUUUGUAGAUUAGCAUGCUAGCUUAUCAAGUUAAUUAAUGCGGAAACAAAUACAUACUUUCGGAACACAUUAAAAUUGCAAUCACUGCAGCCAACUCGGUGAAUCACUGCAGGUAACCGAGUUCCUUAAAUUUCGUUUGAGUUGAUUACUUUUUAUGCUUUUGUUUUCAAGUGAUACCUUUUACUUAGCUGUGCAAGGUGGCGUUGACAUUUGUACACUUUUUUGCCAGGGAGGUUUGGAAUUCCUUAUUGACAUAGAUGCAUUAAUUUACAAUUCCGUUGCGGGCUAUAUUUUAAUAUUUGAUAUGAGCGAUGCCACUCAUACACAAUGAUGAAAUAUUUCAAAUAAUACCACUGGAUCUCUUGCAUUCACAAUAUGGAUUUUUUUCUAUCAGGUCUUUGUUAACAUUGCCUGCAAGAAUCACCAUUGGGCUCUGUAAAUUGAUCCAGUCGUGAGUUGGAUAGUAUUUGAGGUGUUUAGCUACACGUGGAUUCAGUUGCAUCUUGUACUUGCCAGAGUUAUUGGACUUGCGUGACAGCCCCCACUGCCUUUUGUGCCCUGAGAGUUUAUUUCACACCGUGUGUCUAUCCCUCUGUGUGUGUGUGUGGUUUUCUCAUGUUUGAGUUUUGCCUCUUUGUGUCGUGCACGCAGCCUUUGUUUAGCCGAGUCAUUUCCUCAUGUUGUGCCGUUUACGGAUGCGGUGAAUGGCAUUAGUUUGUUUUAAAAAUGUAGUCAUUUUUUUGUAAUAAACCCUUUACAAGGACGUUGAUGAAUAUACGUGUUUCUUGGAUUUAUAAAAUAAAGUAAUUGUAAUGCUGCUCGCGCAUGUCUGUAAAUGACAGGCCGGGCCGUGGUU